CGUUUGCGCGCGCGGUUGUCGGAACGUGUCCCGAAAAAAGUUGAAAAACCGAGACAUAAAACCUAUUGAGGCUUUGACAGGCGCUUUUCCUUCAGUCGAAAGGACCACCACGCGCAGUUUGAAAAGUGAGAAACGUGCUGAGAUCUUUGCAUUCGAAAGAAACACACGCUUGAUCUUCAGCUGAACUUUAUAAGAAGAGGAAGGAGAGUUCAGCAGCUGAAACUAGGACAGGCAACCUCACCAGUUCGGGAGAUUUUUCUCAGCAACUGAAGAUUCACUGAUCACCUCAGCCAAGGAUGGAGUUGCAAAACGUGUUAAGGCGCCACAGCCACCUGCUCCUCCUACUACUGCUGCCACUUGUCAGCUUAUGUCCAACUGCAUUGGCACUCAAUCGACAGGCGGAUGCUGGCCGGGAUUUGGAUGUGGCAGCACAGCUGGCGGAUGCGGAGGCCCAGGCAAGGUCGGACUACGAAGCGGACUCCUCUGACACGCCGCAUAUACGAAAGAAGCGUCUCAUCUGGAUCACGGAUGAUGGACGAUUGGCCCUGCCGCCGGGCACUUCGCUGACUUUUGUUCCAACCAUUGCCAUGCCCCUGGUGCGCCAUCCGCCCGAGGGAUUCUUCUCUAACCUGACUAUCAGCUUUCCCGUCACCAUUGACUUCGACAAGCUGGGACUAACGGACAACCAGAAUCCUCUGGGGGAUUUGCCGCCGCUAUUCGCCCGCUCUUUUGGCCACGAGGCAGGUCACAUGGUGGGUGAAUACGUGGCCCGGUAUCUGCAUGUCCAGCGCAGGAAGAGGGACCUCAGCGAGCAGCGCAGCAGGAGCGACGAGGACCAUCCGUUUAAGGUGCACGAGGAGGGACCGAAGUUUCCGGAACUUCCCUCCGGAUUGCAGCAUAUUUUCCAUGGCGGGGAGAGGGUUUUGCUGUACGGCGUGGUGGAGGACUUCCUGUCCACCUUCGGCAUGGAUGGCAAGGCCUGUUUGCUGAGGACCAUCUGCGAGAUGCACUCGCGGAGUCUGGAGAAAUUCGGUGUCUUUGGUGAAAUGACCAAGCUGUUUUUAACGGUCACAAAGUCCCCAUUUUCCGACCUGGUCCCCGAUUACGUUCAAGCUCAGGAGGUGGGCGAGGGAAAGCAGGCCCCAGGCGAGUGUUUUCCCUACUUCAAGGACUGCCCGAAGAGCAUCUUCAAGGCCUUGUCCAGCAAAUAUAGCAAGCCAGCUCCUGCGGCCAAGACGAAAAGGACAAAACCCACGGACAGACCCGUGGGCGAGUAUCAUGAGGAGCAGGUGAUCCAGCUGCCCAGCACGCGGGAGCGGGACAACGAUGUGUAUAUGUAGAAGCACUCCAUCCGCCCAAGCGAACUCCCAUUGUUGACCUCGUCUAGUUGUUAGGAUUAUGAUUGAAUUGAGCGCGCCCUCAAAGUCACUUGCUUGUAAUUAACGUGUACUAAUUAAUUUAUUAUUAUUUAUUUUAUUUACGCUUUGUAUUUAUUGUUAGUCGUAGGCGUUGUUAACUGCUUAGUUUUGUAUCUCUGUUUGCCUAGUGGUCUGUAAAUAAUUGAAUUGUGGCAUAAUCCCCUCCAAUCUCAGUGAAGUUACUUCUCACUAUUCCAACCAAUGAAACCUUGUCCAAUAAAUAUACAAAUAAUUCCGA